GGGUGCUAACCUUCUCCCCUGGGUUUGGGUGACUGUGCAUGGGGCUAACCUCUCUGUCUCCUUGCAGGUCUAAUCAUGUCAUUCCAGUUUCACAUACCCUUGGCUUUCUCAGACCUGCUGAAAAGUGGGGGCAUUGGGCAGUAUGUGGUACAGGAGGUUCUUCCAGUGAAACAGCUGCGUGACCAGCUUAAAACCUUCCAGAGCUCUCUCCGUGCCCUGGGUCCCCAGGCCGUUCUUCAGCACUUUGAUGCCCUGUACAGCAUCAUACACCAUUUCCGCUCUCUGGAUCCAGCGCUUAAAGAAGACUUUCUUGAGGCUCUUGUUAAAGCCACUGCCCAGCAUGCUAAUGAGCUUCCACCUCUCCUGGAAGAUCUGACCCUGUCUUCAGCCCAGCGCAGUGCGCACCUCAAUACACUCAAAAUGAACUGCUUCCUCCUUGCUCAGCUGGCGGAGGCCUUUGAGGGAGAGAUGUAUAAAGCUGCGCUCGGUUGUGUGGAGCCUGGCGGGAAGGGAAGGAAGAAAAAAGCCAAAGACGAGGGAUUUGUCUGGGAAUCUGAGAGAGAACAAGUUCUACAGACCAUCACACACCUUCUACAACUGGAGAUCCGGCGACUCUGGAGCUUGUCUGUGGUGGAGGAGGAGUUUGUGAGCUUGGUCACUGGUUGCUGUUAUAAGAUGAUGGAGAAUCCCAGCAUUACGCUCGCAAAGAGCAAGUCUGUACGUGAUGCCAUCGCACAUCUCCUCGGAGUGACUGUGAAACGCUACAACCAUAUGCUGAGUGCCAGCGUCAAGGUUAUCCAGCUUCUUCAGCACUUUGAACAUCUGGCUCCAGUUCUUGUUCAGGCCGUGAGCCUGUGGGCAACUGAAUAUGGCAUGAAAGCUGUUGUGGGUGAAGUUAUGAGAGAGAUUGGACAGAAAUGUUCCCAAGACCUUUCGCGGGAAUCAUCCGGUGUGAAAGCUCUGGCCACGUUUCUCACAGAGCUGUCAGAGCAAAUCCCGUCUGUCAUGAUGCCCAGUAUGAGCGUCCUGUUGGAUUACUUGGAUGGCGAAAGCUACAUGAUGAGGAAUGCUGUGCUAACUGUGAUCGGAGAGAUGGUUGUCCGGGUACUGAGUGGUGACCAGCUGCAGGAGACGGAGAAGAGAGCGCGUGAUAACUUCCUGGACUCCCUGCAGGAGCACGUUCAUGACGUGAAUACCUACGUACGCAGCUGUGUUCUUCAGGUGUUCAAUAGGAUUGUGCAGCAGAAGGCACUUCCCCUCGCCCGCUUUCAGCCCGUGGUCACUUUGGUGGUCGGUCGACUGUUUGACAAAUCUGUAACUGUGUGUAAGAAUGCAAUCCAGCUCCUGGCAUCUUUCCUGGCAAACAAUCCUUUCACGUGCAAGCUGAGCAGCGCUGAUCUGCAGGAGCCUCUGAGAAAAGAAUCUGAGAAACUGAAAGAGCUUAGGGAGAAAUUCCAAGAGAAGCGGUCAGCUGUGGUAAUAACAUCUGAGGAGGAGUGGGAGGCCAUGGUACCCGAGGUACGUGAAGCACUGCAAGUCCUGCGUCAGGAGAGUAGUGAAGAGAAGGGUCACAGCCAGGUGGAGGUUGAUACGCCUGAGGAGCUCUGCGCACAAAUCUUGCUUCUCCUGCGCAAGUCCAGUUACAAGAAAGCCAUCUUACUGGCACAGAAAGGAGCUAAACUAUUCCAAGAAGAUGCUGUGUUCACACUGAAAGAGAACUCUGAUGACUCUGUGCUGGAGAUCCUGGAGAGGAUUUUUACAGUAACUCUGCAAGAAUCUACAGCUCCUAGUGACGAGAGACCUGAUGAUGCCCCUCAAGAUAAGGAAACUGAGUCUGUAGCAACAUCACCGGAAGCUUCUGAUCUGGGCAAACAGGAAAUGCUGGUGCAGUAUCUGACAGAUGCCCAUCACUUUGCUUUGAAGAUUGAAGAAGCGAUUGAUGUGAUCAGCAGAAUGAUGUAUGAGCCAGCUGUGUCAGUGGUGCAGGAAGUCAUUGAGUUCUUUGUCACCGUGUCACAGUUUGGGGUUUCCCAGGCUUUACUUGGUGUUCGUCGCAUGCUUCCACUGGUCUGGUCAAAGGAGCCUGGCGUUCGAGAAGCUGUGAUUGGUGCCUACCGGCGGCUCUACCUCAGCCCGAGCAGAGAGUCUGAGCGGUCGCAGGCUCAGGGUCUGAUCUGCAGCUUGUCCCUUCUUAUGGUUGACUCGUCUACGGCUCUUAUCCAGUGCCUGGAGGAGAUUGUUUCAGAGUUUGUGCAGAAAGGGGACAUCACCCCUCAGGUGUUGCAGUUGCUGUGGGAGAAGUUCACUUUAAAGUCUCCUUGUUCUCCUUUGGAACGACAAGCAUCUGUCAUGCUGCUGGGCAUGAUGUCACGGUAA